AAAACAUACAACACCAGGUAUUCGCUGGUCGUCACCGACCCAACUACUAAUCCGGCCCUCACUGGCUUAUCUAUGGGAGAGCGGACGGGAUCCCGAGUUCUCCAGUGGGUAUGGUCGUAUGUGAUGAUUUUGCAUUGCAAUGUAGACUAUACAGUAAUGUCGUAUGACUGCGGGACAGUUCAAGUAUUGCCCUUACUGACAUCAUCUAGAUGGAGCAAAGGCGGCAUCUUAUUGUUUCAUGCUUCCCUCAAAUACCAACAUCCAACUGGACUUCAAUUUAUCUUACAAGCUUACGCACUUGCACUUCAACAUAUCACUCUCCACAAUCUCUUUUUUCCAUAG